GAGUGUACGAAAAGCGCGGUCAUGCUAGACGGAGAACUGUCAAAAUUCUUCGACAUUGAGCAGGGGGUCCCACAAGGUUGCACGCUGUCCCCAACAUUGUUCCAGGUGUUCAUCAACGAUCUGUUGGAAGUCGUAGAGGCAGUCCGGAAGGGAGUAAAAGUAGGGGACACGGAAACGUCGGUUUCAGGAAUGCUGUUUGCGGAUGAUUUUGUCGGUAUGUCGGACACCCCUGAGGGACUGCAACUGCAAAUUGACGCGGCGAAGAAGUUUACUGAUAAGUGGAGAUUGUCUGCCAACGUUCAGAAGAGUGCCGUCAUGGUAUGCAACGAGAACAAGGAGGAACCAGUAGAACAUAGAUGGAAGUGGGGGAUCGAGGAGAUUGCAGUAGUGGACCAGUACACAUACCUCGGAGUAGAGAUCGCAAAAGACUGCUCGUGGAAUGCACACAUGUCCAAGGUAGCGGAAAAGGGCAAAGCACGAGCAGGGAAGCUGCACCCAAUACUCGCAAACCGGCACCUCGAUACACGCAUCAAAUUGACGGUUUUGAAGAGCGUAAUCGUACCGCCGCUAGAGUACGCCGGAGAAGUAUGGGAAGGAAAUAAGAAGGUAGUGAAAGAACUCGAGGCGGCGCAGAUGAAAGCAGCGAAAACCAUCCUAGGAUGCUCCAGGCGCACAAGUAAUGCAGCCGUGAGGGCAGAAUUGGGGAUCCAAUCCCUACGGUCGGGAAGAGACGCGAGGAAGCUGACCUGGCAGUAUCGCAUGUGCGGGAUGGGAGAGGAGAGGUUGCCGAGAAUUGUAUGGGAGGCGAAGUGGGCAAACAAAAAGAGGGGUAGACAACCCACGGAAUGGGUCAAGGUUGUAGAGGACGUAUGGAAGGGGCUCGACAUCGACGAAGAUGAACCGCUGGAAACGGAGGGUCCAAAGGUGUUCAAGGAGAAGACAUCUGUUGCUUGUGCCGAGAGAAGAACAGAAUCUAAAGAAAGAAUCCAAGGAUAAGGAGGGUCUAGAAG